AAUGAUAAUGAAUUAAUUAAUGUAUGUACUAUAAAUACAAGCUCUGAUUCUUAGAUUCCUUUUCAUUCUUCCAUCCAUCCACAACUCAAACGAUCAAAAUGGCUCCAACAGUUCUGCCCCUGGCAACCUUAUUAUUAGCUUUAUCCGCUUCUUAUCUUUGGAUCGUUGAGGCGGAAACGAAUCAACUUACUCAACUCAAGCUUAAUUCUCAUAUCCUUCAGGAGUCUAUUGCUAAACAGAUUAACGAAAACCCAGGGGCAGGAUGGAAGGCUGCCAUUAAUCCUCGUUUCUCCAAUUUUACGGUUGGACAAUUUAAGCGCCUUCUUGGAGUCAAACAAACGCCUAGGAACGAACUGAUAAAUACACCUAUUGUAACUCAUCCAAAAUCAUUCAAACUGCCAAAGGAUUUUGAUGCAAGGACAGCUUGGUCUCAGUGUAGCACUAUUGGAAGAAUUCUUGAUCAGGGCCAUUGUGGUUCUUGUUGGGCAUUUGGUGCUGUUGAAUCAUUAUCAGAUCGUUUUUGCAUUCAUUUUGAUGUGAAUGUAUCCCUCUCUGUUAAUGACCUUCUUGCAUGCUGCGGCUUUCUUUGUGGGUCUGGCUGUGAUGGAGGGGAUCCCCUUUCAGCAUGGCGAUACUUAGCUCAACAUGGUGUUGUCACUGAAGAGUGUGAUCCAUACUUUGAUCAAAUUGGAUGUUCUCAUCCUGGUUGUGAGCCAGCAUAUAAAACUCCCAGGUGUGUUAGAAAGUGUGUAAAUGGAAACCAGCUUUCGAAGAAAUCAAAGCACCAGCUUUGGAAGGAGUCAAAGCACUUUAGUGUCAAAGCAUAUAGGGUCCACUCUGAUCCUGAAGAUAUCAUGGCAGAAGUUUAUAAGAAUGGGCCAGUUGAAGUUGCAUUCACAGUUUAUGAGGAUUUUGCUCACUACAAAUCAGGAGUUUACAAACACAUCACAGGUUAUCCACUAGGCGGUCAUGCAGUAAAGCUGAUUGGAUGGGGAACAAGUGAGGAUGGAGAUGACUAUUGGCUUCUUGCAAAUCAGUGGAAUAGAGAGUGGGGAGAUGAUGGUUACUUCAAGAUCAAAAGAGGGACAAACGAAUGUGGGAUUGAAGGAGAAGUUACUGCUGGUUUGCCUUCUACCAAAAAUCUUGUUAGAGAGGUGACUGACAUGGAUGCUGAUGCUGAUGUUUCAUUCUGAAUGUAAAUAUUGUAUUACCUUAACAGUUAGAUUCGGUGUUGGUAUUCUGCAACAAAUGUUGUCUGUUAUAUGUAUGUCGGUUUUAAGGGGAAUGAUCUAAACUAUGACUAUGAUGAUGUUUGGAAGACGGUAUGCUUAUGUGGUUUAUGCAUGAGCUACAAGAAAAUUCCUGCUGCUACUAGGAUCCUUCACACGAAAUAAGAGGCUAAUAGAACAGCCGUAGCCCGUAUGUAUACUAGCUAAGCUCGUUGAGCUUUAUGCAUAUUUUUCUUGUAUCUUUGUAGACUCUAUUUCUAGCUCGAAAUGUAUUACAUUAUUAAUUAAAUUGUUUACAUUUGAAUGUUUGUUGAAAAUUUAA